GGGGAUUUGCAGAAAUUUGUGAGCAAAUUUAAUUGUUUAAAAUGGCAGUAUCAAAGAAGGGUUUGUGUUUCCGAUCAAAGUACAUUACGGAUGAGCUGGCUCGGAUCUUCACAGAAGAUACUGACCGAGAGGACGAAGAAUUUGAGGGUUUUGACGAGGAAGCGAGCCCGGACCGUAAUGACUGGGUUAAGCGCAUGUCAGAGGAGUCUGAGGACGAUGCGGAGGACGACGCUUGGCUUUACUCUGAGGAGACCUCCAAGGCCCCUGCUCGCAGGAGAUCCUCUGGUCUCUGUGUGGCCUUCAGGUUCCCAACCAAGAAGGGACCGCUUAAAGGGAACCCCGACAGGACACGAAAGCAGGAGCACUCUGACUCUGAAGGGCACGAUCAUUCUGGACCGGUGGCCAGCAGGGUCACAGCGAGAGGGGGAAGAGGGAGGAGAGCUGUGGAAAAUGUCGCCCCGCCUCAGAUGCACACAGAGCCACUUCAGUUCAGUGCCGCGCUCGAUCCUGAGCCCAAAAAGGGGGGUGCAGGCGAUGAGGACCAGUCCCAGGCUCUACAGAAACGCGCCGAGAAUAUCAAAGAAAACAAAGCAAUGCUUGAGAAGCUAUUGGCAGAGCUGAAUUCCAUGCCACAGCUUUUCCCUCUGAAAGCACAGUCAGUUUCAACACCUUCGAAGAGGAAGAGAUCGAGCCCUAAGAAGGCACAGUCUGACAGCCAGCAGAGUGAGCGGCGUAACCCCACCCGCAGCGCUCGCCCUCCUGCCCACUUUGGGGUGGAGGAUUUCUCUAUCUCUCCCUCUAAACUUAUUGCACAUCUUGGGGACAUCAAGAAGGCCAGGGUCAGGGCGAGACUAACUGAGGUGAACCCGGAUGGUUCCCGCCUAGCACGCCCUCAUCGGAGGUCCUCAAAACACAUCAUUGCCCGCACAGUUGAUGACAUCACUGAGGAGGAGCUGGACAAUGUGGCGUAUACUUCAAAAGACAAGGUUUACGACAAGGAGCAUGGCAGUACUUGUCACCAGUGUAGGCAGAAGACUCUGGACACCAAGACUGUCUGCAGAAACCCCAAAUGCUGGGGUGUGAGGGGUCAGUUCUGUGGACCUUGUCUGCGCAACCGAUAUGGUGAAGACGUCCGCACUGCACUGCUGGAUUCUAUGUGGGUCUGCCCUCCAUGUCGGGGCAUCUGUAACUGCAGUUUCUGCAGGAAGGCGGAUGGGCGCUGUGCCACUGGCAUCCUCAUCCACAUGGCCAAGUUCUAUGGCCACGGCAAUGUCAAGGAGUACCUGGAGAGCCUCCAGAAGAACCUGUCUUAAGAGAAUCUGUGGAUGGGCAUCAUGUGUGGGACAUCACAACCAUCCCAUGGCAUCUGGGC